UCCUCUAGAGAUGGUUCUUGAAAAUCUAAGGUUCUGUGAUGCCAGCUCUUUGAGUGGUGCAGAACUGGGAAGGUGGGUGCUCACCUGGGAGCCAGGGCCCUGUGUGAGAAAUGAGGAUCUCAUUGGCUCCUGUGUUCAGUAGCAGAAGCAGCAGCGGAGAUGUCGCUGAAAGGUGGAAACAUGGCCCUGGCUAUCUUCAUCCCAGUCCUCAUCAUCUCCUUACUCCUGGGAGGAGCCUACAUUUACAUCACAAGACGUCGCUAUUACUCCAGCCUCCGCCUGCCCCUGAUGUACUCCCACCACUACAGCCAGAUCACUGUCGAAACCGAGUUUGAUAACCCCAUUUACGAGACAGGGGAAACCAGACAGUAUGAGGUUUCCAUCUAAAGAGAGCACGGAAGAAGGGGACUUACAGAUAUGAACACAAAUACAACCUCCUCAAGACAUCCAUCCAGAGACCAUGUGGCAUUUGAUGGAAACCCCGGAGUGUCAACUGUCUUUUCUUUAGACUCUUUCUUGAAGAUUUCUUGUUUUCUUCACUGUAUUUAUUAUAUUUAAAAAAAAAAAAAGUGAAAUAGGUGUGGUUUGGAUGUAUUGUGGCCAUAGCCAAAUUCAUGUUACAGCCUCAAUGCUGAAGGCAGGUGGAAGACUUGCAGCAGCCAAAACAGAAAACAGCAGGUCAGGUGUUUCCCAUCAGUCAUGCCAUGCUGAGGCUGCAUCAAAUUGCGCCCUCUUUAGGAUCCAUGCCCUGAAGAGGUGUUUUUAGGACAAAUCUCAGUCCCAAGAUUAGG